AUGUCUGCCUUUGAUGAUUCAACAUUUGGCGAUCAACAAGAACAAAAACAACAACCGUUGGGUAAACCAAUGAUUGCCUACGGAUUGGAUAAUUUCAGAUGUGAUAGUGAUGAUGAGGAGGAAAAAGCACCAGUUGUUGCUGCUCAUAAACCAGCAACUGGAUUUAGAAAUACAAAUUUUGUCUCGAAUUUGAUUUUGAGAGUCGAAACUCAUUUGGAUUUGACUACGCCAGUGAGUGGUAGUAAAGCAUUAAAGGGAUCUUCAUUCGGAGAAACACAAUCAUAUUAUAUUGGUCCUAAUGGUCUCAUCUUUAAUGAUGAUGAUACAUCUAACGAAGCUAAAAAACAAAUGAAUAUCCCAUAUGAUGAUUUGGAAUGUUUCAAGUUGGGUACUUUGGGAAGUGGUAGUUUUGGAACUGUAGUACUCGCAAAGCAUAAACAAACUGGUCAAAAGUUUGCUCUGAAAACUAUUAGAGAAAAGAAGGGAGAAAAUCCAUUUGGUGAUGAUGAAUCUGAUCAAAACAAACUUAUAUGGGCAGAGUUUAAGGCCAUUUACGAAAGUGAUCAUCCUAAUCUACUCAAAGUGUACAAUUGCUAUUUCAAAGAUUUGUGUUUUUACAUGUUGCUUGAUUAUUGCAAUUGUGGAAGUUUGAAAGAUGUGUUCAAAGUAACAGAAGGAACAACUGAAAGAAUGAUGUCUGUAAUUGUAGAGAAAAUUUUGAAGGGUCUCCAAUAUUUGCAAAAGGAAAAACAUAUUGUUCACAGAGACAUUAAACCUGAGAAUAUUUUAGUGGACUAUGAUCAAAAUACACAAAAAGCUGAAGUUAAAAUUGGAGAUUUUGGUCUUUGCGGUCACAAGAAGGAAUCUAACAAGGAUAUUGGAAAAACAAUGUUUAGUACUGUGAAUGGUACCAAAAUUUACCUUUCACCCGAAAGAUUACAAGGGUAUUCCUACAAUUAUAAUUCUGAUAUUUGGAGUUUGGGUGUAUUAACUAUUGAAUUAAUGACUGGUGUUCACCCUCUAAGCACACUAACAACUCUCUCACAUUUUGAUAUUGUAGAUAAAUUGGAAAAUAUCCAGAAUGAACUGUUACAAAUAUUGAAUAAUUAUGAUGCCACACUAAAACCAGAAAAGAAACUGAGUGCAGAAUUUAAGGACUUUAUAUUGAAGUGUUGUGAACCAACUAAGGAUAAGAGACCUUUCGCUGAAGAAUUACUGACUCAUCCAUGGAUUAUGAAAUUUAAGGAUGGAAAGGAUAAUGAACAAUUAUUCUCACUUUGGCUCAAACAGUUCUUCAUUAAGAAGAAGGCUGUUACAAAAUAAUGUACAUAUAAAGUUUCAUUUCACC